AUGGAGAACGAAGCCAAAGAUCAAGUCUCGUCGGUUCGGCUUUCAGCUCCUCCUUCUUGGAAGAAACUGUACUUCCCUAAGAAAGCAGGAACACCAAGAAAAGGCGAGAUUGUGUUUGUUGCUCCAACUGGAGAAGAGAUAACCUCCAAAAGACAAUUGGAGCGGUACCUAAAAUCACAUCCUGAGAAUCCUAACAUAUCAGAGUUUGAUUGGGGAACCAGUGACACACCAAGGCGAUCAUCAAGGAUUAGUGAGAAGGUCCAAACAACUCCAGAAGCACAGCCUCCGAAACGCGGUCGAAAAUCAAUUGGUUCAAAGGAUGACAAGGUAACUGAAACUGAAGCUCAUUCCAAGGAAGCCGAGCCUCCGAAGAAACGCGGUCGGAAAUCAAUUGGUUCAAAGAAGGAUGAUAAGGUAACUGAAACUGAAGCUGAUUCAGAGGAAGCCGAGCCUCCGAAGAAACGCGGUCGAAAACCAUCUGCUUCAAAGAAGGAUGAUAAGGUAACCGAAACUGAAGCUCAUUCAGAGGAAGCCGAGCCUCUGAAGAAACGCGGUAAAAAACCAUCUGCUUCAAAGAAGGAUGAUAAGGUAACCGAAACUGAAGCUCAUUCAGAGGAAGCCGAGCCUCUGAAGAAACGCGGUAAAAAACCUUAUGCUUCAAAGAAACAUGGCAAGGAGACCAAAACUGAAUCUCCUUCAGAGGAAGCCAAGGAAAAGGAGGAGUCUUCUGCGGAAGAACCGAAAGGCGAUCCAGUUGAUGCUGAUAACAUCAUCGAUGAUAAAAUAAAGAGUGAUGAUGCAGAGGUAAUUAAGCAAAGUAAUGCAGGUGAACUUUUUCAAGAAGCUUUGAAUGCUGUGGUCGAGGAGACAGUUGAAUCGACAAAGGAAAAGUCUUCUGUGGAAGAAGUGAAAGCUGAUCCAAUGGAUACUGAUGACAAUGUCAAUGAUAAAACAAGGAGUGAUGAUGUGGAUGGAAUUAAGCAAAGUAACACAGAAGGUGAGCUUGUUCAAGAAGCUUCAGAUGCUGUGGUUGAGGAGGCAAUAGUAGAAUCGGAAAAGGAAAAGUCUUCUGCAGAAGAACUGAAUGCCGAUCCAAUGGAUGCUGAUAGCAAUAUCGAUGAUAAAACAAAGAGUAAUGAUGCAGAGGAAAUUAAGCAAAGUAAUACAGAAGGUGAACUUGUUCAAGAAGCUGUGGUUGAGGAGGCAAUAGUAGAAUCGGAAAAGGAAAAGUCUUCUGCAGAAGAACUGAAUGCCGAUCCAAUGGAUGCUGAUAGCAAUAUCGAUGAUAAAACAAAGAGUAAUGAUGCAGAGGAAAUUAAGCAAAGUAAUACAGAAGGUGAACUUGUUCAAGAAGCUUCAAAUGCUGUGGUUGAGGAGGCAAUAGUUGAAUCGGAAAAGGAAAAGUCUUAUGCAGAAGAACUGAAUGCCGAUCCAAUGGAUGCUGAUAGCAAUAUCGAAGAUAAAACAAAGAGUAAUGAUGCAGAGGAAAUUAAGCAAAGUAAUACAGAAGGUGAACUUGUUCAAGAAGCUUCAAAUGCUGUGGUUGAGGAGGCAAUAGUUGAAUCGGGCAAGGAAAAUCCUUCUGUGGAAGAACCGAAUGCCGAUCCAAUCGAUACAGAUAGCAACGUUGAUGAUAAAACAAAGAGUAAUGAUGCAGAGGUAAUUAAGCAAAGUAACACAGAAGGUGAACUUGUUCCAGAAGCUUCAAAUGCUGUGGUCGAAGAAGCAAUAGUUGAAUCAGAAAAGGAAAAUCCUUCUGCAGAAAAACUGAAUGCAGAUCCAAUGGAUGCAGAUAACAACUUCGAUGAUAAAACAAAGAGUAGUGAUGCAGAGGAAAUUAAGCAAAGUAAUACAGUAGGUGAACUUGUUCAAGAAGCUACGAAUGCUGUGAUCGAGGAGGCAAUAGUUGAAUCGGAAAAGGAAGUGUCUUCUGCAGAAGAACCAAAAGUCGUCGGUUCAGUUGAUGCUGAUAACAUAAUCAUUGAUAACUUAAAGAGUGAUAAUGCAGAGGAAAUUAAGCAAAGUAAUGUGGAAGUGGAAGCUGAAAAUUUGGCUGUUGAGAACCCUCAAGCGGAAGAAACACCAAUGGCAGAACCAGAGGAACAACUUGUUGAAGAAGCUUCAGAGGCCAUGGUGGUUACUGAAGAACCUCAAGAGGAGGCCCCAGUUGAAUUGGAAAAUGAAAACGGUUCAAUUGACAGUAGUAAGCAGGAAAAAUUAGGUGCUGAGGAAACCGAAGGAGCUGAGAAUGCGAGUCUCAACGUUGAAGAAAUUAAUGACACGGAUGAAAUUCCAGCAAGUGAUGAGAAACAAACAAUUCAAGACGAGGAAACAUUAGGUGCUGAGGAAACCGAAGGAGCUGAGAAAGUGAGUCUCAAUGUUGAAGAAACUAAUGGCAAGAAUGAAAUUCCAGCGGCAAGUGGUGAGAAACAAACAAUUCAAGGUGAGGAGCAAGUGAAGAUGGUUGGCAAUGAAAGUGUUAUUUGGAGCAGUGCUCAAUGA